AUGGCCGAUUCAGGAGCGCCAGCUCGUACUAACGGUCGUAACUCUCACUCGGCGGACCGCCUUGCUAACAGACCGUUUCUCAGCAACCAAAAGAAGUCAUUGAAUGUUGACUCACCAUCCUUCACUCCGGCCCAACUGGCGGGUAAAAAGUCCGCUUUCUCAACAAAUGCCGCCCCUUUCACCCCUCGAGGCGCUACGAACACAUCUACGAAUACAGCUGUGCAGCCAGAUGCUGGAGCGUCUGAGUUCAAACCGACGCAAUUCCAAGAGUUCACUCCACAAAACAACUAUGAAGCCCCAGCAAAUGGUUCAGCCGAUGGCGGUUCGAUAAAUUAUGAUCCUUUCAGUUCAAUGGCCAGCGUCACCCAGGCACUCCCGCAGAACACUCCAUACAAUCCAUAUGCAGAGGAUCAUAAUCCCUUAGCCGGACCCGCGUCGGGCUACUAUACUGGCCAGAACGCCUACUCGGCUCAGUCCCAGCCUCUGCAAUAUCAUCUCUACUAUCCUAUCGCCUCCACACGGGAGAGCUUGCAGCCGUAUCAACGACAAGUCCAUGAUCUCUUCAUUCCUGAAUCCGUGAGAGAAGACCUUCAGAAGAAGUCUGAAGCCGCCAGACAAGUUCUAGCAAGCCAAUCGGGUGUUCAGGCCUCGCUCCAGCAGUACCAUUCACUGGUCCCCUUAGAUACAAAAUUUAGGAACGCGCAAAGUGUCUUUGGUCCCCCAACCUGGGUAUGGAAAGCUACUUCUCGAAAGAACGGCAAUAUCUAUUGUCUACGAAGAAUCCAAGGAUUCCGCUUGACAAACGAGGAAGCUAUCAAGGCUGUCAACUCGUGGAAGAAGAUUACGCAUCCGAACAUCGUUACGACGAUCGAGGCUUUCACGACCAGAGACUUCAACGAUAGUUCUCUGAUUUUUGUCCACAGCUAUCACCCCCUAUCGAAAACACUGGCGGAGCAUCAUUUCACAACAACUAGAUAUGGUCGAGUGGCUCCGGUAUCCGAGCGAGUAUUGUGGAGCUAUCUCGUACAACUGUCCAGUGCCUUGAACAGCAUACAUCGAGCGAAGCUUGCAGCACGAUGUGUCGAUAUCAGCAAAGUUAUACUGACCGACAAAAAUCGUGUUCGGCUCAGCGCAUGCUCCAUAUUCGACGUGUUGCAAUUCGAUGCGUAUCGCCGCUUUGAAGACCUGCAGCAAGAUGAUUUCUUCGACCUCGGGAAGCUCAUCCUCAGCAUUGCGACUAACACGCUCCCAAAUAGCAUGCCCGAUCUUCGGUCGUUGCUCGAGCAACUGGGUAGAACCUAUUCGCCCGAGUUGAAGGAGAGGAUUGCGUGGCUGCUAAGUCCGCAACAGCCCUCUUUUGUCAAGACUGCCGAACAGCUCGUCACCGAUAUCGCUCAUCACAUGGACGAUGUGUACAUAGCAACUUCUAACGCCCACGACGAAGCCAUCAACCAGUUAGGCAAGGAAUUGGAAAAUGGUAGGGUCGUGCGAAUGCUUGCGAAGCUAGGUGCUAUUAAUGAUCGCCCCGAACACGGAAGUGAAGUCCACUUUUCCGACAUGGACGGGCGGCGCAUCCUGAAGCUUUUUCAAGAUUACGUCUUCCAUCAGGUUGACGCUCAAGGCAAUCCUGUGGUGGACCUGGGCCACAUGAUCAGUUGCCUGAACAAGCUUGACGCCGGCAUCGAUGAGAGGAUCUACCUCACAAGCCGGGACCUUCAAAACACCCUUGUUGUAUCAUACAAAGAGUUGAAGAAGCAAGUUCAGAUCGCUUUUGGGGAUCUACUCAAGCCUGCCGCCAAACAACCGGCGCGCUACUAG